CGGGCCAGGCCCCGCCGAGCCCUGUCGCCCUUCGGCGCGGGCGGAGCCAGUGCCCGGGUGGCGCGCGCGGCAGCUGUUGGCUCUGGCACGGUGCGGGCCAUGGCGUCGUCAGCGUCCUCGACGGCCGACGGGGUGGCGGUGGUGGGCAGCGGCCUCAUCGGGCGAAGCUGGGCGAUGCUCUUCGCCAGCGGAGGCUUCCGCGUGAAACUCUACGACAUCGAGCAGCAGCAGGUGACAGGCGCCCUGGACACCAUCCGCAAUGCGACCCAGUCACACCCAGGGCCUAGUGCUGUGUGGCAGGAUUCCAUCACCCAGCCAUUCUAAAUGCGACAGCCUGCACGUACCAACCCCUGACGCCCCAUCCAUCCCGCUCCCUCUCCCCACCCCUGGGAACCACAGGUCUUCGCUCCAUGUCCAUGAUCUGUUGCUGUUCUGUACAAGAAAAGAGAUGAAGUUGCUGGAGCAGUCCGGUGCCCUGAAGGGCUCGCUGGGCGCCGAAGAGCAGCUGGCGCUCAUCAGCGGGUGCUCCGACCUCCGGGAGGCAGUAGAGGGCACAGUGCACAUCCAGGAAUGUGUUCCGGAAAACCUAGAACUGAAGCAGCAGCUUUUUGCUCAGCUGGAUCAAAUCGUCGAUGGUAACGUGGUCCUGAGCAGCUCCAGCUCCUGCCUCCUGCCAUCCAAGCUGUUUGCUGGCCUGGUGCACGUGCGGCAGUGCCUUGUGGCGCAUCCUGUAAACCCGCCCUAUCAUGUCCCGCUGGUUGAGCUGGUCCCACACCCGGAGACGGCCCCCGCCACAAUGGACCGAACCUACGCCCUGAUGCGGCAGAUCGGCCAGUCCCCCGUCCGCAUCCUGAAGGAGGUGGACGGCUUCGCCCUGAACCGCCUGCAGUACGCGCUCAUCGGCGAGGCCUGGCGGCUGGUGGAGGCAGGAAUCGUGUCUCCGGGUGACCUGGACCUCGUCAUGUCCGACGGCCUGGGCCUGCGAUACGCGUUCAUCGGCCCCCUGGAGACCAUGCACCUCAACGCAGAAGGUAUGCUGAGCUACUGUGACAGGUACCGUGAAGGCAUGAAACGUGUCCUAAAGACUUUUGGACCCAUUCCAGAGUUUUCCGGGGCCGUGGCUGAAAAAGUGCACCAGGCCAUGUGUGUGAAAGUUCCCGAUGACCCAGAGCACUUAGCUGCCCGAAGGGAGUGGAGGGAUGGCUGCCUCAUGAGACUCGCCAAACUGAAGGGCCAGGUGCAGCCGCCGUAAGGCCUCCCGCUGCUCCUGAGUCCUGCGCGCCCCCGUUUCAGACACAUGCCAUCGCCCCGAGAGCGCCGGAGGCCACAGGACCUUGGCUCGCCGAGUCCGACACACUCUUGCCUUGGCGGGCACGGCGGUGGAAGGCUGGGCCUCCGCCCCUUCUGACUGUAUCCCACACUUGGGGUUGUCACAGCCGCACUUGGGUGGGAGGGCUGCUGAGUCCCUGCCUCCCGCCUCCCCCCCCACCCCCGGGCAAGCGGGAGGGCAAAUCGUCAGGUUUUACCGUUGAUUUUUAAGGUGAUUACAUGGGGCUACAUUUUACAGCCGGUGAUUGUCAUUUUGAAUUGUUUUAAUCUGCAGCAAAAUGUUUUUAUAAUUCGCUUCUGGUCCCUUGCUGAGGACUCCCCGGGCCCGCGUUUCUGAGGCAACUGCAUUCAUUUUGUUUGACUUAUUCCAAUAAAAGCUUUUGACGCCAUAA